ACUAUGAAAGAGAACAAGGCAUGAAAAUAGUAGCCCCCCAUUUUAUUUUUCUAACGCUAAAGAUUGAUUACAGCCAGAGAUCAAUUUGAAUGUAUUAUCUUGGACAGUAUCUGAAUCUCGCCAUCGGAGGGCGCUCAGGCUACAUGCAAUAACGGUUAGCGUUCUGGCAAGCUGAAGAAGACAGCCGUUGCAGAGCAGACAGCGGAUAGUACUGAGAGCAGCUGCUGUAACCGCUGUGUUUUGUGUUUGCAGUUGAACAAAAUAAAUAUGCUACACCAGAAGUGACCGGCCCAUCAUUUCAAGCAGUGUAACAUAUUUUGGCGAGCCAGCCAGGAGGUGGCGCUAGUGAAUUAACACCAUCACCAACCACCUUCCUUCCCAAGAGACGAACCAGAAAAAGAAUGGACGCAGCACAGCUUCUGCGCGAUCGAGUGAGUGCAGCCUUGUGGCAGCUGGAAAGAGGGCCUCUGGUGGACGUCUGCAGGCGACUGAAGUGUUCCAGCCUGGACAGCGGAGAGCCUCAAGGUAAAACCAAAAGGACACUCAUCGGGUUGGCAGAGGACAUGUUUGAUGAGAUAGAAAAAAAUGAAGAAGGGGAUCAGGUGGAACAGUUUUAUAGAGAAACAGCCACAUACAUCCAGAGACUAAGUGAAGUAAUGGGUCAGUCAGAAGAGGAAUCCCAAUUUAAAGCGUCUGGGCCACAGAUAGACCUUGAGGAUACUGUUCCAUGCACCACUUCAGUCCAGACAACAGAUUACCCACUCAAAACCCGAGCAGAGCCAAAACAAACUCUACAGGAGGUAACAUUGAGGAGGGAAUUUAAAAUCUCUGGGCAGAUUGGAGAGAGUGGGCAGAAGGAUAAGCUGUCCUACCUCAGUUUAGUACGCCAGAUUGAAAAUGGGAUUGAAAAAGGACACCCAGAGACUGAAAUCGUUGAAGCAGUAAUUAGGGCCAUCAGUCCAGGAAUGCCCCUAAGAGACAUGUUGGAGAUAAAACGUGGGUUAACCCUAAGCAAACUGCUCACCAUACUAAAGGGACACUACAGAGUAGAUAGCCCCACUGAACUUUACCAUCAGCUUCUCAAUAUCUCCCAAGAACCCAAAGAAACUGCCCUAAAUUUUGUAUUUCGUGCUAUUGAGCUCAAAGAAAAACUUCUAUGGAAAGCAGCAAAUGAGGAGACUGAUGAGCUGUACAGCAGAGCCACAAUUCAGCGUAAGUUCCUACGCUCCAUUGAAACUGGGCUACUCAGUGACUCCAUUAAGUAUCAGUUGCUGCCUCUCUUAAGUAAGAUGACCAUAACAGAUGAAGAACUGAUUGAGAGACUAAAACAGACACACAGCAGAUCGUAG